CUAGCUCAUUUACAAUAUUAGAAUAAGUUGUCUGGAGGUGCGCUUUCGGCAGACAAGCGCAUAAGCAUGACGGCUAAGAGAGCCGCUUUCCAGCCGCUGUCCACCUCUCGCAUACCGGCGGCGGAGAGGAAGGGAGCGGCUGAGCGCGUUCAUAACCCGCCGCACUGUGACUGCUCUUCCCCGCAGGAGCCGGAGAAACCAGCGGCGACCGCGUCAGGGCUUCACCAUUCCGGCAUCGGGGCUGUCGGGGGCUCGGGGGCGGUGGUGGACGAGUCCUCCGACAGCGAUGGAGAACAAGAAGGGCCGCAGAAACUCAUCAGGAAAGUGUCAACCUCCGGGCAAAUACGAAGCAAGACGAGUGUGAAGGAAGGGCUACUUCUCAAACAGACCAGCUCCUUCCAGCGCUGGAAAAAACGCUAUUUCAAAUUGCGGGGACGGACACUCUACUAUGCCAAGGAUGCCAAGGCGGUUGGCGUUUUGACCCGCUGGCAGUAUCGGGUCUCUCGUAGCCGUGUGUUCUGGAGGGUCCUUUCCGUCUGCUGGACCGGAGCCCGUCGUCCGCCACCCUCUCUUGGUGCCAGUGGAUCAGAGGAAGGCCUGGUGGCAAUUCGGUCUCUCAUUUUCGAUGAAGUGGAUCUUUCAGAUGCCAGCGUCGCCGAAUCAAGCACAAAGAAUGUCAACAACAGUUUCACAGUAAUUACACCAUUCCGAAGGCUCAUCCUGUGUGCCGAGAACAGGAAAGAAAUGGAGGACUGGAUCAGCUCGCUGAAAUCGGUUCAGUCCAGAGAGCACUACGAGACGGCACAGUUUAAUGUGGAACAUUUCUCAGGGAUGCACAACUGGUAUGCCUGCUCCCACGCUCGCCCCACCUUCUGUAAUGUCUGUCGGGACAGCCUCUCAGGGGUCACCUCUCAUGGCCUCUCCUGUGAAGUGUGUAAAUUCAAGGCCCACAAAAGGUGCGCAGUCAGGGCCACAAACAACUGCAAAUGGACAACGUUGGCCUCUAUCGGGAAGGACAUCAUUGAGGACGAGGAUGGGAUUGCGAUGCCACACCAGUGGUUGGAAGGCAACCUGCCGGUCAGUGCCAAGUGUGUCGUUUGCGACAAAACAUGUGGCAGCGUGCUACGAUUGCAAGACUGGCGUUGUUUGUGGUGCAAAGCCAUGGUGCACACGGCAUGCAUGGAUCUCUACCCCCGCAAAUGUCCCCUGGGCCAGUGCAAAGUGUCUAUCAUCCCCCCUACUGCCCUCAACAGCAUUGACUCAGAUGGUUUCUGGAAGGCCACCUGUCCACCAUCAUGCGCAAGUCCACUUCUUGUGUUUGUCAACUCUAAAAGUGGAGACAACCAAGGGGUGAAAUUCCUGCGUCGCUUCAAACAGCUGCUUAAUCCCGCUCAAGUCUUUGAUCUGGUCAACGGUGGACCUCACUUGGGCCUUCGAUUGUUCCAGAAGUUCGAUAACUUCCGAAUCCUCGUAUGUGGUGGAGAUGGAAGCGUUGGUUGGGUCCUGUCUGAAAUCGAUAAACUUAAUCUUCACAAACAGUGCCAGCUGGGCGUUCUGCCGCUGGGUACUGGGAAUGACCUGGCACGGGUGCUCGGUUGGGGCCCGUCGUGUGACGACGACACUCAACUCCCUCAGAUACUGGAGAAGCUGGAGCGAGCCAGCACCAAGAUGCUGGACAGGUGGAGUAUAAUGACGUAUGAGAUUAAAAUUCCUCCCAAACACAGCUGUCCCGCCACACCUGAGGAGGCAGAAGACGGCCAGUUUCAGAUCUCUGCUUAUGAGGAUUCAGUGGCUGCUCAUCUCACGAAGAUCCUGAACUCAGAUCAGCACUCAGUAGUCAUAUCUUCAUCAAAGGUCUUGUGUGAGACAGUGAAGGAGUUUGCAGCGAAAGUGGGGAAGUGUUAUGAGAGAAGCACUGACAGCACAGAAGACGCUGAAGCACUGGCCCUCAAAUGUGUGAAUCUGAAUGAGAAGCUGGAUUCACUCCUGCAGACGCUGAAUUUUGAGGCCCAAGCCAUGACCCCCUCCACCCUCACCACUCCACCCAUCGUCGAGGAGGAGGUGGAGGAGGAAGAGCUGGAGGAAGAGGAGGAUCUGAGUGAGGAGUCUUUAACAGAGCUGAAGGAGAUUGAGACAGAGAAGGGCUCUGCUCAUAAGCUCUUCAGACCCCGUGAGCAGCUGGUGCUGAGAGCCAACAGCCUGAAGAAAGCCCUUAGACAGAUCAUUGAGCAGGCAGAGAGAAUGGUGGAUGAACAGAACUCUCACACUGAGGAUCAAGAGCUGCAGUCUCCUACAGAAUACAGGAAAGACAGUGAGGACGAGAACAAAGACAAUGAGAAGGACGAGGACACUAAAGAACUGGAGGCCCUGCACUUGGCCAAGUCACCAUGCUCACCACCUGAGAGACGUAUCAGUCGCAGCACACAAUCCUGUGGCUCCUUCUCCAUCACUCCCUUCACCACAAGCAAAGAGAACCUGCCUGUCCUCAACACACGCAUCAUCUGUCCCGGGCUGCGGGCAGGUCUUGCUGCCUCUAUAGCUGGAAGCUCCAUUAUCAGUAAGAUGCUGCUUGCCAACAUAGAUCCGUUUGGUGCCACACCCUUCAUAGAUCCUGACCUGGACUCAUUAGAGGGCUAUUUGGAGAAGUGUGUGAUGAAUAACUACUUUGGGAUCGGGUUAGAUGCAAAGAUCUCAUUGGAGUUCAACAACAAGCGCGAGGAGCACCCAGAGAAGUGCAGAAGUCGCACUAAGAACAUGAUGUGGUAUGGAGUUUUGGGAACCAAAGAGCUUCUGCAACGGACCUAUAAGAACUUAGAGCAGAAAGUUCAGUUAGAGUGUGAUGGGCAGUACAUCCCACUCCCCAGUCUCCAGGGAAUUGCUGUGCUCAACAUCCCCAGCUACGCCGGGGGAACGAACUUCUGGGGCGGUACCAAAGAGGAUGAUAUAUUUUGUGCCCCUUCAUUUGAUGAUAAAAUCUUGGAAGUGGUGGCUGUGUUUGGUAGUAUGCAAAUGGCCGUCUCAAGGGUGAUUAAACUGCAGCAUCACCGUAUUGCACAGUGUCGCACGGUGAAGAUCACCAUUUUAGGAGAUGAAGGCAUGCCUGUGCAGGUGGAUGGAGAGGCCUGGAUUCAACCUCCUGGAGUCAUCAAGAUUCAACACAAGAACCGUGCUCAGAUGCUGACAAGAGACCGGGCAUUUGAAAACACGUUGAAGUCUUGGGAGGAUAAACUGAAGUAUGACAAGCCUCCUCUGAGGCCACACCUGUAUUCUCAGCAGUCUGUGGAUCUGGCCACAGAGGAGGAGGCCUCGCUCAUCCAGAUGUGUGCUCGAGCCACUGAAGAUCUCAUUACCAGGAUUUGUGAGGCUGCCGAAAACUGCCAACUCCUUGAGCAGGAGCUCGCCCACGCUGUCAAUGCCUCCUCCCAUGCUGUCAACAAAACACAUCCCAAGUUUCCUGAGAGCCUGACAAGAAACACUGCCAUCGAGGUGGCCAGCAACGUGAAGGCCCUGCACAAUGAGACUGAGUCUAUGCUAGUAGGACGGGUGCCAUUGCAACUGGAUCCUCCACAUGAAGAGCUGCUGUCCAGUGCACUGCAGAGUGUGGAGGUGGAAUUGGGCAAGCUGGCUGAGAUCCCCUGGCUCUAUCACAUCUUACAGCCCAAUGACGAGGAGGAUCACUCACUGGAGUACGGAAAGAGAAACAGUAGGACUGGCAUGUUCCGCAUGGUGCCAAAGUUCAAGAAGGAGAAAUUCCCCAAGAAAUUCAGCCCACAGUCAGUUCAGAGGUGGGGUACUGAGGAGGUGGCCGCCUGGUUGGAGCAGCUCAGCUUGGGGGAGUACAAAGACACCUUCAUCCGCCACGACAUCCGCGGCUCGGAGCUCCUGCACCUGGAGAGGAGAGACCUCAAGGAUCUGGGGAUCUCGAAGGUGGGUCAUAUGAAGAGAAUUCUCCAGGGAACUAAGGACUUGGCCAAGAGUUCAAUGGUGGACCUGUGAGAUGUCAACACAAAUUCCCUUUGUGAGCGAAGAGGAGUUGAAUCGGAGCUCCGGUGUACAGUAUGAAAGCUCUUUGGUCAUGUGGAUAGAGGGCUUUCUGCCCUUUAUUUAGGAUUGCUUGGAGAAAAGCUAGGAAUGUUUGUUUUAGAGCAAACGCUGGUGCCAAAAUGACAAGGACUGUAUCGGAGACUUUGUGUUGCUUUUAGAUAGAAAAGCCAUUCCUCACUUAUCACGUCAAUGGCACAAUCAGGUAUGCAAUUCUCAUCGUACAGGCAACCUUUGGCCUCUUCAAAAGAUUCAAAACCAAGUAGCAAAACAGGACUUCCAUAAAACGCUCUCUCUGAGAGAAGGAAGGCCUCUGAAUAGCUUACUGGCCCUUUGCAUUGCGGUAAAUGGCAACAAUGGGAGCGUGAUUUGAUGUGUCAGCAAUAUUCUGCUUUCGACAGCACUGUUUACAUUUUACAUAGACGAGGAAAAAAGGCUGCUGAAGUAUUGCAGUCAAACUGCAAUCAUCGUAGAAUGGUUGUGGAGUCCAACAAGGACUCCACAAAGUUCAGCAAAGGUUUUCUCUCGAUAGUGAAAUACUGAUGCAUGGGUAUGCUUGCUAUAUUUGUAUAGCUAUUUUAAUGCAUGGUCAGCGUCUUGUUUUUUAUUGUACAAAUUAACACUUGAACAAGUUUUAUAUGAAUUUAGUAUAAUGCCAUUUGUUACUACUGAAGCAUCCCUUUGGUCAAAGUAGACUGCUGAUUUAUAUCUAUUUAUCUAUCUGCAUGGAAACUUUGUGUCAAUAAGCAGUGUCAUGUGCCAUAUUUAUUGUAAAAUGAGCUUUAUUGGUAAGAAUUUUUUUUAACCUUUUAGUAGGACUUUAGGUAAGUCUACAUAUUGGUGAAAUAAGUACCAAAGUGUAUCAAAUUUUAGAUCUUCUAAUAAGUGUGACAUUUUAAAUGCUUAAAGGGAUAGUUCACCCAAAAAAUGGAAAUUCUCUCAUCAUUUGUUCACCCUCAUGCCAUCCCA